UCACGAUGCAUUCAAACCGAUAAAGCGGCCGGACCGCCGGAAUAAACUAAUUUGAGUAGCAGGAUUGCCGGAGGGGGUCUAAUGUACGCACAACUCCUCGCCGUUCUAACGUGCGCACAUCUCGCGUUCGCUUCAUCAGCCUCCCAGGGCUUAAAUAUCCGACAGGUGACCGACGAUGAAAUCCCCGCCGCCGGCGAAAACCUCCUCGGCACCGCCACCGAGGUGAGGUUCAAAUCCUUCAUGCAGGAGCACGGAAAAGAGUACGCUACACACGAAGAAUACGUGUACCGCCUCGGAGUGUUCGCGAAGAACCUGAUCAGGGCGGCGGAGCACCAAAUCCUGGACCCCACAGCCGUCCACGGCGUCACUCGAUUCUCCGACCUUACCCCGAAUGAGUUUGAAAAGAUGUAUAUGGGAGUACUCAAAGUCCCUGGCCGGGCUUCCUUACUGGGCGGCAAAGCGGAGGCGCCACGGUUGGACGUGAGUGGCUUGCCGGAAACUUUUGACUGGAGGGAUAAAGGCGCCGUUACUGAAGUCAAGAUGCAGGGGUCUUGUGGGUCAUGUUGGGCAUUUAGCACCACUGGAGCCAUUGAAGGAGCCAACUUCAUUGCAACUGGGAAGCUGCUUAAUCUCAGCGAGCAACAGCUUGUAGAUUGUGAUCACACGUGUGAUAUAAAGGACAAGAGCGCCUGUGACGAUGGAUGCUCAGGCGGCCUGAUGACAAAUGCUUACGAGUACCUGAUCGAGUCUGGAGGCAUAGAAGAAGAGGCUUCUUACCCUUACACGGGGAAGGGCGGAGAUUGCAGAUUUGAAUCGGAGAAAGUAGCAGUCAAAGUUGGGAAUUUCACCAAUCUCCCUGCCGAUGAGGACCAAAUGGCCGCAUAUUUAGUAAAUCAUGGCCCUCUUGCAGUUGGGAUAAAUGCGGUGUAUAUGCACACAUACAUGGGAGGAGUUUCGUGCCCUCUUAUUUGCAGCAAGAAACGGCUCAACCAUGGCGUUCUCCUGGUUGGUUAUGGUAAAAAGGGAUUCUCCAUUCUGAGAUUAGGGUUCAAGCCGUACUGGAUUAUCAAGAACUCGUGGGGAAAGGACUGGGGAGAGGAAGGGUAUUUCCGGAUGUGCAGAGGGCACGGCAUGUGUGGAAUCAGCAACAUGGUCUCCGCCGUGAUGACCCGACCCGGUAGCUAUAUCGCAUCUUAAGGCCGCGCGCCGCGGCAUGUAACGUACUUUAAUUUCGUGUUAAAAUUUAAAAAUAAUGUUAGUUAUAGCAUUAGUCAAUGUGAGUUUCUAUAUAUAUAUAUAUAUAUAUACUAGCCUGGUUUGUAUCA